AUGUCUGAUUCAAAUAGUGAAUCUAUUAACACAUCAAUGUCUAUCGAUCUGUCUAGUCCUUUUUACCUGCAUCCUUCUGACCGUCCUGGUCUGAUAUUAGUUUCAAAAUCGUUUGAUGGAACCGGAUUUGGUGCUUGGAAGCGAGCAAUGACCAUUGCACUCUCAGCCAAGAACAAGUUAAUUUUCGUCACUGGUGAACUUGUUCGACCUAAUAAUUCUUCUCAAAUCGCUCUUUGGAAUCGCUUAAAUGGUGCCAAGUUUUAUCAAUUACAGAAGAAUUUAGGAGAAAUUGUUCAAGGUAAUUGUGAUAUUGCAACAUAUUUCACUAAACUCAAGACAAUUUGGGAUGAACUGAAUGCUAUAAGUUUGAUUCCAUCAUGUACCUGUGGUUCAGCUCAUCUCAUUGCAAAAAGAGAUGAAGAUCAGAGAUUAAUGCAGUUCCUAAUGGGCCUAAAUUCAUGUUAUGACACUGUUAGAGGUAACAUUCUUAUGAUGCAGCCUUUGCCUACAAUAAAUCAAGCGUAUGCACUUGUGAUUCAAGAUGAGAAGCAACGCGAAAUUCAUGCAGUUUCAAUGUUUCCUUCUGAAUCGGCCUCUAUGAAUGUUAAUUCUCACAUUCCAAGUAAUCAGUAUGGUAGAAAUGAUAACAAGAAAUCUGUUAUCUGUUCAAACUGCAAAAAGAAUGGGCAUCAUGCGAGUAAAUGCUACAGGCUUAUUGGUUUUCCAAAGGAUUUCAAGUUUACUAAGUCUAGACGUGGUGCUGCCAAUAUGGUGGGAGAUGAAAAGGACAUGUCUGCUCAAGAAUCCACAAAUCCUUUUAUUUCUAACUUUUCACAAGAAAAUGCAACCACUGGUCCUUCUAUUACUACCCAGCAGUAUCAUGACUUGAUGCAAUUGUUGCAAAGAACUCAAGUGAACAAAGAGUCAAACACACAACCUACUUCAUCCAUUAGCUAUGCUAACUUCGCAGGCCCCUUCCAUGAAGAGGCCACUGGCUCUUGGUGAUCUUCUAGAUGGGCUUUACAUCCUGAAAGCAAGCAACAUCUCAUUCACUUGUCAUGAUUCUUCUUUGUUUACUACUUCCAAUUGUAAUUCUGUUGUUACAAAUUCCGUUUGGCAUCAUAGACUUGGACACUUACCAUCUUAUAAGAUGAAACAAUUGAAUGUUCUUUCAAAUAAUUCAAUGGAUUGUGUUGAACAUUGUACUAUUUGUCCUAAAGCAAGACAAUAUCGUUUACCUUUUCCUAAAAGUACACGAUCCACAUCUGCCAUAUUUGAUCUCAUUCACAUUGAUACUUGGGGUCCUUACAAUACUCCAACCUACAAUGGUUAUAAGUAUUUUUUUAACCAUUGUAGAUGAUUUUAGUCGUACCACUUGGACCCAUUUGUUAGCAACCAAAGGAAAUGCUUUCUCUAUUCUUUAGAGUUUUAUAGAGAUGGUUGCUACCCAAUUUAAUAUCAAGAUCAAAUGUAUUAGAUCUGAUAAUGCAUUCGAGUUAGGUACUGGUAACAAACAUGCAGAAUACUUUAUAAGUAAAGGUAUUCUUCAUCAAACCAGUUGUGUGCAUGUUCCUCAGCAAAACGGUGUUGUUGAAAGGAAACACAAACAUUUGUUGGAAACUUCACGAGCUUUAUUAUUUCAAUCUAAGCUUCCUUUACAAUUUUGGGGAGAUUGUGUCUUAACAGCCACGCAUCUCAUCAACAUUUUUCCAACUAAGCUACUUAAUGGUAAAACUCCUUAUGAAAUUUUAACAAAUAAAUCUCCUUCUUAUGCUCACCUCAAAGCUUUUGGUUGUCUUUGUUAUGCAUCAACCAUUACGCAAGGGAGAGAUGAAUUCCAACCAAGAGCUUUACCAUGUUUAUUCAUUGGUUAUCCUUUCGGCAAAAAGGGUUAUAAACUCUAUAACCUGCAUACUCAUUCUGUUUUGGUUUCUAGGGAUGUGUUUUUUGAACAUUUAUUUCCUUCCAUCACCUCAUCUACUCCAUCUUCUAUUUUUCCUCCAAUUAAUAAUUUUUCUUCUUUCUUUGAUGAUCCUCAUUCUCCAUCUCAUUCCAUUUCCUCUCCUGUUUCUGGUCUUGAUUCUGCCCCGCCUUCCUUUUCUGGUGAUUCUUCAUCUGACUUUUCUGCUAAUCUUCCUAAUUCUAGUUCCAAUGUACCACUUCGUAGAUCUACAAGGUCUUCUGUCCCACCUUCCUAUUUGCAAGAUUAUGUUUGUAAUCAUGCUCAUAGCUUGUCUGCUGAUUGCCUUCAUACUUUUCCUCGUGGAGUAGAUCCCGCAUCCAACCAAGUCUUUUAACAGGGAACGGGAUAAUUCCCACAACUAAUGGAUGUUCUGUCAAAACUCAUGUUUCUUCUCAAGAUUUGUCUAUUCCAAGUCAACUUUUGUUAAUAAUCUUGAUAUAUUACAAGAACCGAGCUCUUAUAAACAGGCCAUUCAGUUUCCUGCAUGGCAAGAGGCCAUGGAUAAGUAAUUUACAGCCCUUCAAAACAAUAAUACAUGGUCUGUGGUUGAUCUUCCUUUAGGAAAGAAACCCAUCAAAUGCAAAUGGGUUUAUAAGAUCAAGUAUCAUGCAAAUGGUAGUGUUGAAAGGUGCAAAGCUUGUUUAGUAGUUCGAGGUGACACUCAAAAGCAGGGAAUUGAUUAUACCGAAACGUUUUCUCCUGUUAUUAAAAUGACUACUAUUAGAUGCCUUAUUGUUCUUGCUACCAAAUUGAAGUGGCCAUUAUUUCAGCUUGAUGUAAAUAAUGCUUUUUUACAUGGAGAUUUAGACGAAUAAAUAUAUAUGUCUCCUCCUCCUGGUAUGACCUUACCUUCUCAUCAAGUUUUGAAGCUUCAAAAAUCCCUUUAUGGCUUGAAACAAGCCUCUCGCCAAUGGUAUGGUAAACUGUCUACUGUUCUGAAAUCCAAAGGCUAUGUUCGCUCAUCUAAUGACUACUCUUUGUUUACCAAGUCUAUGGGUACUUCUACAGUUCAUGUGGCAAUAUAUGUUGACGGUAUUUUGGUCAUUGGGAAUGACCGUGAAGAAAUCUCCACCCUUAAAGAUUUUCUUCAUGCCACUUUUCAAAUUAAAGAUCUUGGCUUUCUUAACUACUUUCUUGGUAUGGAAAUAUUACAACAUUCAGAUGGACUUCUCAUGACACAACGAAAAUGUAACACCCCAAAAGUUGAAUAAUUAAAUUCGUUAGUAGGUUACCAUGUGUAAUAAAAUGAAAUACAACAACUAAGUAAAUAAACCUAGUUAAAUGCCUAAUAAUAAGUUAGGGAAUGAAAUUUGUGGCAACUAUGAUAGUAUGGCAAACUUGAGGGGCUAAGAUGACCAAAAAGGAAACUUAAUAUAUUAAAACAAAAAAAAAAAUCACACACACAAGGUGUGUGUGUGCGUACGGUCGCACAAGAGAAAGGGGGGAGAAGGGGUAAACCCUAACCACAAGAAAAUCCAGAAAUUGAAGGUGUUAUGGAGCAAGAAUCGAAUGCAUGAACUUAGUUCCUCUUUAAUCCAUGUACAUUGAACAUAAGGUAAGUCAAAUUAUGAGUUUUUAUGAGAGCUAAUGAAGUGGGUUAUGAUCAAAUCCACGAAAUUGUAUGAGAUUUAGCAUGAAUAUGUGUUAGAAUCAUCUUUGGAACAUGGGUUAAGUAUGGUUUUCGUUAAUUUGAUGAUUUGGGGUGAAACCCGUUAGUUAGGGUGAAGAUGAUGACUAGAAUCACCUCCUAUGUCCAAGUCUUGUUGAAUGAUUGAUGUAUUAAGUGGGUAUUAUGAAUUAUUGUUAGAUGAAUUAGGAGGAAUAUGAUGAUGCUAUGUUUAAUGUUCAUUUGGAAUGAUAUAUGAUGAUUAGUAGUAGGAUUUGAAGGGUUAUGUAUGAGUUUAGAAGAUUUAUGUAUGAAUUAGUUGUACGUUAUGCUUAAAAGGUGGUACACACACACCAAGCGUAUGAUAAGAUGUAUGUAGUGUCGCCCGUAUAGUCGAUUAUGAUGUUACGGGUAUAUGAUGAUAAGUUGAUAGUUAAGUAUGGUUAAUAGUUGACUUUUGAAAGUCAACUAAGUAUAAGAAACAUGAUUUGACUCGUUGUCGUAAAUGUAAGUUGAUGGGAAGUCGUAUCGUACAUGUUAUAGCAAUCCGUGUUAAAUGUAAUGACAUGAUGAGUUACAUGAGUUUAAACGUAUACGGAUAUGAUUAUAUGAGUUAUGUUUGUUAUAAAUGAUUAAUGAAAGUUGAGUGUGAAAUAUGUGAUUGAUAUGAUUGUUAUCAUGUACGAAUGCAUAUGC